AUGGAUUCGAUUGUACCCUGUUUAGACCUGAACCUGUACACUGAACCCAAUUCUUCUUCCUCUACCGACAUCCCACAAAAAAUCACCCCCAAAAUCGAACCCAUUGAUGAACCCUCACCAUUUCUACCCUCUACAACCCACCAAAUCCCCUCUGUUACUCCGCCGUCCGAACCUGACGUCUCGUCGGAAUUCAACCGCAUUUCGGAGCUUUUUCGCACAACCUUCGCCCAACGACUCCAGAAGUACGGUGAGGUAGCUAUGCUUCCUGACGUAGACUCAAAUUCGGGCGCUAUAGUUCCUUACAACAAUCCUGAAGCCCAGGUUGCUAAUGCUGUUAUAUCGCCGCGUGUUGGCCGAAAAAAUGACCAGCGCUCGUCGGAGCUCGUCCGGGUUACGGAUCUUAGACCCGAGGACCAUCUUUGUUUUCGGGGCAGAAUUCGUCGGACCCGGUUGCUAUUUGACUCACUGCGUGCCUUCUUGGUUGCACAGAUUGAGAAAGGCCGUGAUUCUUUGACCCCUCAGAGACGGUUAAGAGUGGAUUUGAAGGUAGCACAGCUUAUGAAGAAACAGGGUCUUUGGUUAUAUCGAGACAAGAGGAUUGUGGGUGCCAUUCCCGGAGUUUCCAUUGGCGAUGUUUUCUUUUUCAGGAUGGAACUGUGUGUGGUUGGGUUGCACGGCCAGGCACAGGCUGGGAUUGAUUAUGUCCCUGCGAGUCAGAGCUCAAAUGGUGAACCUGUUGCCACAAGCAUCGUUGUGUCAGGGGGUUAUGAAGAUGAUGAAGAUGCUGGGGACGUGAUAAUUUACACUGGGCAUGGUGGGCAGGAUAAACAUAGCAGGCAGGUUGUGCAUCAGAAAUUGGAAUGUGGUAACUUGGCCUUGGAGAGGAGCAUGCAUUAUGGCAUUGAGGUGAGGGUUGUUCGCGGACUUAAAUAUGAAGGAAGUACUCAUGGUAAAGUCUAUGUUUAUGAUGGCUUGUAUCGGGUAACUGAUACUUGGUUUGAUGUGGGGAAGUCGGGUUUUGGGGUUUAUAAGUUCAAGCUUGUUAGGUUUGAAAAUCAGGGACAAAUGGGAAGUGUUGUGUUGAAGUUUGCGGAGAGUCUUAGGACUCUGAAGUUGGAUGCUUGGCCAAAAGGUUAUGUUUCACUUGAUUUGUCGAGUAAAAAGGAAAAUGUGCCCGUCUUUUUCUUUAAUGACAUUGAUGAGGAUCAUGAACCGCUUUACUAUGAGUAUCUUACCAGCUCACGAUUCCCUCUACAUGUGUAUGAUCAUGGCGCAAAGGGGAUUGGCUGUGAUUGCGUUGGCGGGUGUUCAGAUAUUUGCUCUUGUGCAAAUAAAAAUGGAGGCGAUUUCGCAUAUGAUCUGAAUGGUAUUUUGGUGCGGGGGAAACCCUUAAUUUUUGAGUGUGGUCCCCAUUGUCAAUGCCCUCCUACUUGCAGGAAUCGUGUUAGCCAAAAGGGCCUAAGGAACCGGCUUGAAGUAUUUAGGUCCCAGGAGACUGGUUGGGGAGUAAGGUCGCUGGACUUGAUCCAGGCAGGCUCUUUUAUUUGCGAAUUCACAGGAAUUGUUCUAACACACGAUCAAGCCCAGAUUUUCACGAUGAAUGGUGAUAGUUUGGUGUACCCAAGUCGAUUUCCUGAUAGAUGGGCUGAAUGGGGUGAUUUAUCACUGAUAUUCUCUGACUAUGUUCGACCUGUGUAUCCAUCAAUCCCUCCUUUGGAUUUUGCCAUGGAUUUAUCAAGAAUGAGGAAUGUGGCCUGUUACAUGAGCCAUAGUUCCAGCCCAAAUGUUAUGGUGCAGCUUGUGCUGUUUGAUCACAAAAAUAUAUCUUUCCCUCACCUCAUGCUGUUCGCUAUGGAGAAUAUCCCUCCGAUGAGGGAGCUUAGUCUUGAUUAUGGGAUGGCUGAUGAAUGGACAGGGAAGCUUUCAAUAUGCAACUAG